UAAAUCGAAAAAUCAUUGACCAGUAGGUUGUUUGGUUGGCAUGGCGUGUCCACCCCCUGACCGACAGACCAUCCCACGCACGCACUCACUGAGAGAUGGAUGCAUGAUUCACAUUGGAGCCAGUGCGAGGCAGCCAGCUAGCCAGGCAGCUACUGCUGCAUACGCUGGCUAUGCACCUAAGAGUGUGUGUGUACCUUAUCUUACUCGCAGGCAGCUCAAAAAUUAUCGCAUUAUCAUUUCAUCUGCACAAUCGCUCUGCUCUGCUCUCUCGUCCCAUCCCACCCCUCUCUGUCCCCCCCCUGUGCGCCCACACCUCCCGCCCACCCACCCAUAACGUCACAGUGAGACAAAGCGCCUCAAAUCUGAUCCACCUGACUGUCUGACUUACUGCACUCCGCAGACCUUCCACAUCGACACGCCAUUGCCCACGCACUGAAAAAACCCUCACUUGGUCAGCUGUCCAUCACCCACAGCCCACAGCACAGCCCCUCCCUCCUCCCUCCCUCCCUCCCUUCCUUGAUAUCUGUCCCCUCUAGAAUAGUUUCUCUUGCAGCACAUCGCUGUCCCAUGCUGGGUGGUUAAGGACCUCCUUGAACAGAGUGGUGCCCCUCAGUGUGUUGGUGAGCGGCAGGUGCCCCCUGGGCGCCUUGUCGAGGUCAUACAUGAACUCAUUCUCGCCGAACCACCGCCUCAGCCGCUCGAUGCCGUCCUCCAUCUUGGACCACCCCACCUUGCUGCAGAAGGUCUGGAAGUCGGCCCUGCACGUCUUCCACACCUUCUUCUGCACACUGUAGCCGAACCGGCCGUUGCUGUAGUGCAGCCACAGCCGCUCGAUGGUUGCCAUGUCCGUGACGGGGAUCUUCCGCACCUCCGUGAAGUACACGUACUUCCUCAUCUGCGCACCCGGCCCCGCCAGCUCAAUCAGCAUGUCCCGCGUGAACUGGUCGGCCUCCUUGAAGUCCUGCUUCGCCAGCAUACACGCCAGAGGCCGGUAGUCCUUCCCCGCCUCUGACGGCAGGUGCUCGGGGAUGCUCGCCACCUCCACUACGGCAUCCGUCUUCGAGGGCUCCAAGUCGGGCAGAGGGGAGCUCUCAAUGGCCGAAGGGGCAAUGGAUGGCGGGGCGUCUGUCACGGUGGACGAUGCUGAGAGGGCGACAGAUGAGGGGAAGCGGGCGGUGCGUAACCGGCUGAGGGUGGAAGAGAAAGGGGAUCGUCUGGAGAGGAGGGAGGGGGAGGGGAGCUGCUGGAAGGCUGCGCAUAGAUAGAUGCCGAUGGCGGCGUUGAGGCAGACGGGUACAAACACGCCCAUCCCGGUGCUGCCCGUCAUCUUGCGCGAACGGGUAGCAGAUGCACCACGACGUACACGACGGACGACGCUGAUGCCAAAACGCUUCUGUGACGGCAGAUCUUUCCCCUUGCGCCUUUC